AUGGGCAAGAUCAACACCCUCCUCCUCGACUGCGACAACACCCUCGUCCUGUCCGAGGACCUCGCCUUCGAAGGCUGCGCCGACCUGAUCAACGAGAUCGCGGCGUCCAAGAAUGUGGCCCUCGAGAAGCCCUUCACAGGCGAGUCGCUGAUCGUCGAGUUCGUCGGGCAAAACUUCCGCGGCAUGAUGGUCUCGCUGCAGCAGCGCUACGGCUUCUCGAUGACCGACGACGAGCUCAACGACUACGUGCGCCGCGAAGAGGACGUCGUCAUCGCCAAGCUCAAGGCCAAGCUCGUGUCGGUGCCCAACGUUGACGGCGUGCUGGAGAAGCUGGCUGCCUCCGGCCAGUACAAGCUUGCUGUUGUUAGCUCGUCGGCUCUGCGCCGUGUGCAGGCGAGUGUGGACAAGGUCGGCCAGGCCAAGUACUUUGGCAAGGACAUCUUUUCUGCUGCUACUAGUCUGCCUAAGCCUACUAGCAAGCCCGACCCGGCUAUUUACCUGCAUGCUAUGGAGAAGCUGGGCAAGAAGGCGGAGGAGUGUGUCGCUGUGGAAGACAGCAAGAGCGGGACCCUUAGUGGUACCCGCGCCGGCCUUAAGGUCAUUGGCUAUGUCGGCCCUUACAAGGAGGCGGAGCGCGAGAAGAUGGUCAAGGUGCUCACCGAGGCGGGUGCUGUUAUCGUCAUUGAUGACUGGAGCAAGUUCGAGGAGGCCCUGGCCAAGAUUGACCGUGGUGAGAUCUAG